UAUGGCCUCCAGCUCAGGGCUGUCCAUGUGAGAAGUGAAUCUGAGAAGAGUUUCCCACAGAGCAUGGCCUCUGCCAUAGAAGAUGGAGUGGAUGAAAGAACGGUGGACAUUAAAGAAGAGGACUGUGAGCGGCUCACACCAGAGGAUGUGCGUGUGAAGCUCGAGGAUCACGAAGAAAGAAUUUCAGUUUUUAAAAAGGAGGAGGAGGAGUGCAAGUGGGUGACUGUUACCAUUAAAGCUGAGGAUUUGAAUGAUUUCUCUGUUGGUCUUGAACUUCAAAAACAUGAAACUGAGGAUAUUUUCAAGCAAGAGGCCUGUGAAGAAUCUCCAUCCAGUUUACUGCCCUGGUCCACUAAUACGGGACGACUGGCUACACAGGAGAAUCCUGCAGAGCUGAAAUCAGAGUUAUCAGAGUCGGAAGAGAAAAUCACAGAGGAAAAUGGGAGAGAAGGAGAAGAGUCACCUGGGAGUGUUGGAAUAAAUUUACAGAAGAAUGGCAGCUUCUCUCCAUCUUCAUUUGGUAAGCCCUCCCUUCAAUACAAUGAGAAAGGUAUGAAGAAAUCAGCAAGAGGAUCUGAGAACCUGACAGCAGCCUUUUUGCAGUGCAGUUCUCUCCCUGCUGCUGGAGUAACACAGAUAGAAGCCAUCAAAAAUGAUCGACAGCAAGUGGAGAAAGAAAUCCAAGUUCACACUGGAAAAAAAUGUUGCUUGGAAUGUGGUAAAAAAUUCACACAGAAAUGUGAUAUUAAUAAGCAUACGAAGAUCCACACAGGAGAAAAACCUCAUUGCUGUUCAGAAUGUGGAAAGUCGUUCUCAAGGAGAAGCGAUCUUCAGAGGCACAGAAGUAUCCACACAGGUGAAAAACCUCAUUGCUGUUCAGAAUGUGGAAAGUCGUUCUCAAGGAGAAGCCAUCUUCAGAAGCACAGAAAAAUCCACACAGGAGAAAAACCUCAUUGUUGUCCAGAAUGUCAUAAGUCGUUCUCACAAAUAAGCCAUCUUCAGACGCACAGAAGAAUCCACACAGGAGAAAAACCUCAUUCUUGUCCAGAGUGUGGUAAGUUGUUCUCACAAAUAAGCGUUCUUAAGAAGCACAGAAGAAUCCACACAGGAGAAAAACCUGAUUGUUGUUAAGAAUGUGGCAAACAGUUUUCUGACAAAUGCAGCUCUCAAAGGCACAUGCAAAUUCAUACUGGAGAGAAGCCAUAUUGCUGUUCUCAAUAUGGUAAAAGGUUUUUGUACAUUUCAAGUUUGCAAAGGCAUGCAAAAGCUCACGUUGUAUGAUGCAAGCACUUCUCAAACAGCAAGACUCUUAACGACCAAAUGAGAAUUCACUAGGGUGAGAAUACCCCAUUGCUCUCCAGAAUGUGGCAAACAAUUCUCAUGUCAAAACACGCUUAAGAGCCACAUAAGGAUCCACAUCGGAGAGAAGCAGAACGCCUGUUCUGAAUACUCUUCCAGAAAAAAAUUUCAGAGAUGCACACAAAGUCAUAUUUGAGUAAAGCAUGUCCCAGAAUUGACAAAUCAUCUUUCUCUUGGGUCCUCAACCAAAAAAUUAAAGAAAAAUAUUCUGAAUGAGGUUACGACUCCAGUUGAAAGUAGUUAAUAAAUACAUAAGAAUAGUGGAGAAAACAUGGGAUGUGGUAAACAGAUCGUAGAUGUAAGGUAACCUCAGAGCCACAUAUGUACUCACACUGGAAUACAACACAUUUCACAAACAGCAAGAAUCUUCUUCAACAACUUAUAGGGGCAAGAAAAAACGUCAUUGUUGUCCUAAAUGUGAUUAACGCUUUUCAGACAACAGUGGUCUUCAUAUUCAUAAAUGACUUUCUUUCUUGUGAUAAGUCUCUUAUCAAUUCUGGAUGUUGAAAGUGGUCCUCCUAUAUCAGCUAUUAUCAGUAACACGUAAGAUUUCAUGAAGGACUCGGAAGGGGAAUAUUUUUGUUUCGGAGCUUUGGAGAUGGGGCCUUAUCUGAGUAGUAAUGAACUUGUACCAUCUCUGGGAUGUCAUCUGAUGGCUGACGCCUGGGCUGAGUGCAGACAGCCGUUCUUAACCCUGACAAUGAAGAAGUCAUUUUGUGACGUCAGCUGACAGCCAAAGCUCUCCAAUCAGAUACUGGGGAGGGACAGUCGAGGAGGACAGGAGACUAAAAAGAGAGCCCUCACAUGACAGACCAAUGUAGAGGGGCUUUAUAAGACUAUUAAGCUAAUUUAGGUCAUCAUUUAUAAAUGAUAAGAGUCUUUACAAACCAAACACAUUCAUCAGCUGUGUGUCAAGGGUGAGUCCAAAUGUGGCUAUUUAAGAAGAUUGAAAUACAAAUAAAAUGAAACAUUCAGGGUUCAAAGAGAAAUGUUUUAAGAUCUGAAUAGGAUGUCACAACAGCAUGCUAGGGUUAGCAUGGGGGACCACAUUUGUGAAGAAUAUCAAUUAAUAUAUAGAAGGAAAAUUAUUUAAAAUAAUAAUAAUGUUAUGAGAAAUGGGACACCAUAAUGUAUUCAGACAACAAUGAAAAUGUAAUGUACUGAUUUUAUUGUCUGACAUAAGAGAAAAAAGGAAGACAAAGCAGAAGACACACAGAGAUGUCUGCUGCCCCAGCUGUUACAGUUUUUCUCAGUUGCUUUGGUGCAUUUCUCACAACAGACUUAACAUUUGCAUAACAGCAAGUGCAUUUCUCAAAACACUGGCAAAACAUCAUGGAUGACCAGCAAAAGCAGGUAACUUCUUCAAAAUCCUCAAUCCAUGCCUCAAUAGCAAGUAUUUACAUCGCUGAAUAUGUCAGUGCCAUCAAAAUGCCAAGUCCAUGAAACAUCAUACACGGACAUGACAGCCAAAAUGUAAAGUCAUUUUAUCAAUAUAAAAUUGCCACAAUCUAAACAUUUUCUGAUGCACAAAACAUCUGAAUGACAAGGGCAGGAAACAUAAAAAUACAAAACACCGAUUGCGGGAGAUUGAUUCAAGAAUAUUUUAUUGAUUGCACAGGUAUAUGGUGACGUACCAUGCACUGCACUUGGAGUCUAUGAAAUGAAGGAAAAAAAAUGACAACAUCGAAAACAAUAUUUACAGUAAUCCCUCCUCGAUCGCAGGAGUUGCGU